GGGCGGCGCGGCGCCGCGCCGUUGGGUGCGGGACGCGUGCCGGGCGGCGGUUGCGGUCUUAAGUGCGGCGUGAGGCUGAGGCGUUCCGCCCGCCCUUAGAGCCACAGUCGGCCCGCACCGCCCGCGUUCCCCGGGAACAGGUGGCUGGCUGGUCCCGCUGGUAACGGUUAGGUCGUAGCGAGGAGAAUCUGCUUCUUCUCUUUGUUUGAAACGGGAGAAGGGAGGCGAGGCUGUGCGGUGCCUCCGGGGCGCUCCGUCAGCAGCCGCUAACGGGGCAUCGGUGCUUCUUGUUGUGCGUGUGUCCCGUGCGCUGCCUGCUGCUCCGCUCCCGCUCCGCCUCCGUGAAUGAGACAGUUCGUGCAUCCAGGAGAGAAGCACCGCAAUAUGUCGGCUUCUCAGAAUGACGGGAAUGGAGACUGAAGCUGCAAGAGACAAAGCCAUGGAAGAAGAAAGCACUGAACAGAAGAAAGAGAGGGAGAAAAAGAAGAGGUCGAGGGUUAAACAGGUGCUUGCAGAUAUAGCUAAACAGGUGGAUUUCUGGUUUGGCGAUGUUAAUCUCCACAAAGAUAGAUUUCUUCGAGAACAAAUAGAAAAGUCCAGAGAUGGAUAUGUUGACAUAUCACUUCUUGUUUCUUUCAACAAAAUGAAAAAAUUGACUACUGAUGGAAAAUUGAUAGCACGAGCCGUUAAAAGUUCUUCUGUUGUAGAGUUGGACUUAGAAGGAACUAGGAUUAGAAGACGCCAGCCCCUGGGUGAACAGCCAAAGGAUGUGGAUAGUCGUACAGUCUAUGUGGAGCUUCUUCCCAAAAAUGUCAAUCACAGUUGGAUUGAGAGAGUGUUUGGGAAGUGUGGUAAUGUAGUUUAUGUCAGCAUACCCCGGUAUAAAUCUACUGGUGAUCCAAAGGGAUUUGCUUUUGUUGAGUUUGAAACUAAAGAGCAAGCGGAAAAAGCUAUUGAGUUUUUGAAUAAUCCUCCAGAAGAAGCGCCACGGAAACCUGGGAUUUUUCCCAAAACAGUAAAGAAUAAGCCUGUCCCUGCACUGAACACAAGUAACAGCUGUGUAGUGGAGGAGAAGAAAAAGAAGAAAAAAAAGAAAUCCAAAAUGAAGAAAGAAGGCAAUGUACAGGCAGCUGUAGAGGCAAAGGAAUCUAAUGUGAACACUACAACAGAGCAAGCACCCAAAUCAAAAAGACACAGGAGUUCAUCGGAAUGUUCAGAGAUGGGGGGAAUUGAGGUUCACAGGCAGCUCUCAAAGAGAGAGAAAAGAAAAUGGGACAGAUCAGAAAGCUCAGAAAUACCUUUGGAAACCAGGCCAGGAAAGAGAAAAAGAAGUAGUUCUGGAGAUGGUGAGAUAUCAGUUGCAAAAGUCAAGAAAACUGUUCAGAAGGAUGAAGUUCAUCCUGUAAAAGAAGAAACAGCUGAAGCUCCAAAAGAUUCUAAUGAAAUUCCUGUGGAAGAUGAUAAAGAUGGUGAUAAAAAAGACACAUCACUUUCAAAGUCUAAAAGAAAGCAUAAGAAAAAACACAAAGAAAGACACAAGAUGGGUGAAGAAGUUAUUCCACUCAGAGUACUCUCAAAGACUGAAUGGAUGGAUUUGAAGCAAGAAUAUUUGGCUCUUCAAAAAGCCAGUAUGGCCUCCUUAAAGAAAACAAUGUCCCAAAUCAAACCUGAGCCUGUGGGAGAGAUGAAAACGAACAAUUGUGCACCAAAAAAUCUUCAGUCUAAAAAUGGCAAAUCCACCAAUGAAGAUGGUGCCCCUCCUGUCAAGGCUAACACAAUGGGGCCCCAGUUUGUGAGUGGAGUAAUUGUGAAGAUCAUUAGCACUGAGCCCCUGCCGGGCAGGAAGCAGAUCAAGGAUGCCUUGGCAAUGCUGGCUGAUGUUGCUUAUGUUGACAUGCUAGAAGGAGACACAGAAUGUCAUGUCCGUUUUAAUACUCCAGAGGAUGCGCAGACGGUCAUGAAAUCUCACAAAGACCUACAGAUAAAAAACAACUGGAAAUAUGAAAUUCUCACUGGUGAUAAUGAACAACGUUACUGGCAGAAGAUUUUAGUGGAUAGACAAGCUAAACUUAACCAGCCUCGAGAAAAGAAGCGGGGUACUGAAAAGACCACGGUGUUGAGAGAGUGUUGCAGUGAACUUGGCAGGGAGCAUCCCCAACUCCUGCCCACAGAACAUACUUCCAGUCAUGAAGGGUUCUUUAUCAAGGGAGUUUGACCUUUCACCCUGAAGAGAGGGGCCAAAAGGUAUUUCACAGAUGCUUUAUUGCUAGGUUUACUCAACACAUGUAUUGCAGAUAAGGCUUCCGAGUUGGCUUUAACCUGUCUUUGUCAUUGCUUACAAAACUUCAAAAUCAUCUGACCUUGUUUUACAGUGACUAUAUAGACUUGUGGACAAGUUCUGUUUCCAAGAUGCCAUGUUAAUGCACACAAUACUGAGUUUCCUAGUUGUCCUAUAUAAUUGGGAAGACAUACUGAAUUUACAAAAAAAAAAAAAACUAAUUGCACAGUCUUCUCAAGCUGUACUAUCUUCCUUCUCUAAAUGUGCUUCCACGGAUCUCACAGAUACAUGAAUGUAGUCCUCUUAUUAACAGAUUUGCACAACAUAUUUUUCCAGAAUAAGUGAUUGGAUUUUUCUGGACGUAUAAGAGAUGUCUUUGAAUCUUAGCUAUUAUUCCUUAAUAGAAGCAGUAUUGGACUCCAUGAAUGUGAAAAAUAAAG